UGUGAAGGUACAGGAAACAGGCUUUGCGAUGGCAUCCGGACAAGAACCCAGACAACAAGGAGGAGGCAGAGAGGAAGUUUAAGGAGCUGGCUGAGGCCUAUGAAGUUCUGUCAGACCGGAGAAAACGAGAGGCGUAUGAUACUUAUGGCAAAGACCGAAUUCCCAACAACACAGGCUCCAGUAGCCAUCCCACUCCAGAAGACUUCCCAGGAUUCACCUUUACAUUCCGGAGUCCUGAGGAAGUGUUUCAGGAAUUCUUUGGAGGCCAGGAUCCUUUUGCAAAUUUCUUCGAUGACUUUGCCUUCGGAGGAGGGAUGCACAGUGGCUUCCAUGGACAUCCUGGCACUUCGAGGCUCGGCCCAAGCCGGUUUUUCUCCUUCCCCUCUGCUGGAGUGCACGACUUCACCUCUUCCUCGUCCUCCAUGGCUGGAAUGGAUUGGAUGGACAGCAUCGGAGGAGGGAUGGGAAAUUUCAAGUCUGUCUCCACCUCUACACGUGUCAUCAACGGCAAACGCACCGCCACCAAGAAGAUCAAAGAAAACGGUCAGGAGAGAACAGAGAUCGAGGAAGAUGGGGUCUUGAAGACGGUGCUCAUCAAUGGUGUGGAGGAUGAGUUGGCCUUGGCUCUGGAGCUCAGCAAGAGAGACCACCUGCCCCCUAGUCAACCCUCACAGACGCCCAGGCAACACCUUCAGCAGCAGGCAGAGAGGGCGUUACCUGUGGAGCUCCAGACCCAUCCACACCGACCCGGCUCCGGCCCCCGGUCUAUGGCCCAGCGCUCCUUCAGCUCAGCCCCCUACUUCCACUACCCUGACGUCCCCAGGGAGGAAGAGGAUGAUGAUGAAGAUCUCCAGAUGGCCCUGGCCUACAGCCUGUCUGAGAUGGAGGCCCAGCAGAGAGCGUCUGCUUCAGCACCAGACGUCAUCUCAGACUCACACUUCCAGGCCUUCACGGGCUGAUCUGAUUGUCCGUUGCCCGUCUGACCCCUGACCUCUGAGCCUGAGGUAAAGCCCAAACAAAACAGUCUCCUCCUCCAUCAUCAGCUCCUCCCACCUCCACUGUUGCAUCAUCCAACCCUUCCUCCCAUCCUGCCCCCCGUCACCCCUAGAACACCACUAAACUCUGGGUCCCACCAGCAGCCCAUCUGUUUACUCUCCAAACCACGACCUACCCUGCGUUUUGCCCUCCAAUACUCCCCGUAGUAGAAGACCUGAGUAGUAGACCUCUGGUUAUCACAAGACAACAUAGAGGAUAUAGAAGAGAACGUACAACUGUUUUUUUUGCUGUGUUUACAGUAGGAUGUAGGGAAGUUAAUAUAACCUAUUCAAUAGUGAGAAUGGGUGAACCUUGGAGAGGGAGGCAAGAUGAAUAGAUUGGGGGUAGAUGUCGGGGUUUGAUUACAGGAUAGCUAGUAGCUAGUUAACCGAGGAUGAACAGGAUAGCUAGUAGCUAGUUAACCGAGGAUGAACAGGAUAGCUAGUAGCUAGUUAACCGAGGAAGAACAGGAUAGCUAGUAACUAGUUAUCCAAGGUUGAACAGGAUAGCUAGUAGCUAGUUAACUGAGGAUGAACAGGAUAGCUAGUAGCUAGUUAACCCAAGAUGAACAGGAUAGCUAGUAGCUAGUUAACUGAGGAUGAACAGGAUAGCUAGUAGCUAGUUAACCCAAGAUGAACAGGAUAGCUAGUAGCUAGUUAACUGAGGAUGAACAGGAUAGCUACGAGCUAGUUAACUGAGGAUGAACAGGAUAGCUAGUAACUAGUUAUCCAAGGUUGAACAGGAUAGCUAGUAGCUAGUUAACUGAGGAUGAACAGGAUAGCUAGUAGCUAGUUAACCCAAGAUGAACAGGAUAGCUACCAGCUAGUUAACUGAGGAUGAACAGGAUAGCUAGUAACUAGUUAACCGAGGAUGAACAGGAUAGCUAGUAACUAGUUAACCGAGGAUGAACAGGAUAGCUAGUAGCUAGUUAACCGAGGAUGAACAGGAUAGCUAGUAGCUAGUUAACCGAGGAUGAACAGGAUAGCUAGUAACUAGUUAUCCCUAGAUGAACAGGAUAGCUAGUAGGUAGUUAACUGAGGAUGAACAGGAUAGCUAGUAGCUAGUUAACCCAAGAUGAACAGGAUAGCUAGUAGCUAGUUAACCCAAGAUGAACAGGAUAGCUACGAGCUAGUUAACUGAGGAUGAACAGGAUAGCUAGUAACUAGUUAUCCCAAGAUGAACAGGAUAGCUAGUAGCUAGUUAACCGAGGAUGAACAAGAUAGCUAGUAGCUAGUUAACCCAAGAUGAACAGGAUAGCUAGUAGCUAGUUAACUGAGGAUGAACAGGAUAGCUACGAGCUAGUUAACUGAGGA